AUGCAUACCUCAUUCUAUUCUUUCCUGAGUCUGGGACUCCUCCUAUUACCAACUGCCUUCGCAAGCCCACAAACAAAGAACGGGGACAAGAACGUCGCCAAACCACCUACACAGAAUGGUACCAUCGGAGACAACUGUGAUAUUGUGAAAGUUGUUGAGGUCGAGUCUGGAGAUAGCAUGUCCUCUAUCUCUGACAAAGAAAAAGUCAAACUUGCACAAACGAUCUUCGUCAAUCCUCAAGUAAGAAACGUACGAUUGAUCAACCCAGGCGACAAGAUCAACAUCCCAAACAAAGCUUGCGUCGCACCUGAGCCAAAGCCGCUGGCUGAGCCAACGGCUGUCUGUUCCAAAGGAAAAGAUAAGACAUAUACUGUUGUAUCCGGCGAUACUCUCAACAUCAUUGCGAAGGAAAAAAUCGGAGUAACACUACCAAGUUUCUUGGCGGUAAACCCACAGAUUGAGGAUCCGGACAAGAUCGCAGUCGGCGAGGUAUUCAAUAUUCCGCUAUGUGGUCCGGACGGGAAGCCUAUUCAAGGCGGUGGAAACAAUGGCACGAUAACUCCACCGGCUACAACAAAACCAAGCAAGAAGCCAAAAGAGGAUAAGAAGCGAAAAGAUGAGGCUAAAGUUAUCCUAAGUUGA